AUGAACCCAGAGUGGGUGAGGACCGUGGAGCUGUUUUGUUUGUGGCAUACCCUCGCUUGGCAUCGCGCCUAUCACACUGAGAAGUCACUGAAGAAUCUGCAAGAGAUGGCUCAUCUCACUGAUUGCACUCUCACCCCUUUUGAUCCCACUGAUUCUACUCUCCCUGCUUUUGAUCCCACUGAUUCCACUCUCCCUGCUUUUGAUCCCACUGAUUCCACUCUCCCUGCUUUUGAUCCCACUGAUUCUACUCCACCUGCUUUUGAUCCCACUGAUUCUACUCUCCCUGUUUUUGAUCCCACGGAUUCUACUCUCCCUGCUUUUGAUCCCACUGAUUCCACUCUCCCUGCUUUUGAUCCCACUGAUUCCACUCUCCCUGCUUUUGAUCCCACUGAUUCCGCUCUCCCUGCUUUUGAUCCCACUGAUUCCACUCUCCCUGCUUUUGAUCCCACUGAUUCUACUCUCCCUGCUUUUGAUCCCACUGAUUCCACUCUCCCUGCUUUUGAUCCCACUGAUUCCACUCUCCCUGCUUUUGAUCCCACUGAUUCCACUCUCUCUGUUUUUGAUCCCACUAAUUCCACUCUCCCUGCUUUUGAUCCCACUGAUUCCACUCUCCCUGCUUUUGAUCCCACUGAUUCUAAUCCACCUGCUUUUGAUCCCACUGAUUCUACUCUCCCUGUUUUUGAUCCCACUGAUUCUACUCUCCCUGCUUUUGAUCCCACUGAUUCCACUCUCUCUGUUUUUGAUCCCACUGAUUCCACUCUCCCUGUUUUUGAUCCCGCUGAUUCUAAUCUCCCUGCUUUUGAUCCCACUGAUUCCACUCUCCCUGCUUUUGAUCCCACUGAUUCCACUCUCCCUGCUUUUGAUCCCACUGAUUCUACUCCACCUGCUUUUGAUCCCACUGAUUCCACUCUCCCUGCUUUUGAUCCCACUGAUUCCACUCUCUCUGUUUUUGAUCCCACUAAUUCCACUCUCCCUGAUUUUGAUCCCACUGAUUCCACUCUCCCUGCUUUUGAUCCCACUGAUUCUACUCCACCUGCUUUUGAUCCCACUGAUUCUACUCUCCCUGUUUUUGAUCCCACUGAUUCUACUCUCCCUGCUUUUGAUCCCACUGAUUCCACUCUCCCUGCUUUUGAUCCCACUGAUUCCACUCUCCCUGCUUCUGAUCCCACUGAUUCUACUCUCAUGCACUGA